AUGUCCAACAAUACUUGCUCAAGGAUAAACCGCCUUGUUUCUCAUUUCCAACACGUAAAACCAACCCGGAAACGUAAUGCCAACCCGUCAUUGCAAUGCAGUCCCUAUGCAAAGAUGCUUGCUUCCCCACUACGGCAAUGCAAAUACCACCGUAAAAUGUUUCCUUCUGCACUCUUGUUACGGUUUGGCUUGGGAAGGGAUGACAAGAUCAACAAGAUAUCAGCAGCUCCAGAGAUAGUCAACACCAGUGAUCAGGGAACAAAGUACUAUGUUCACUUAAGGAAGAAGGUUCUUCAAGAGUUACAGCCGAAUGGAUUUCAACCUAUAUUUCGGGGAGCGUGUCAGCAUUUUGACAAGGAUAUGGAACAGCGCGUAGAACAGGAGCUGGGGAUCAGUGCUUUUCAACACCUGCUAUCAAAUCGUACUGUGGAUCUACAACAUGUGAAGGAUCGAGAAUGGCAAAGUGAGGAACCUCUGCAAUGCAUCCUUGUAUGGCGUCAUCCAUCCUCUAGUCUUCCAUUUUGCGAAUUGGAUCAUCGAGUAGGAGAUCAACUAGUACCAUCCUAUGAUGUACGACAGCUAUGGCCAGACAAGAUCACCAGCAUGAUAGAUGCAGAUGAUACCAGGGAAAUUGUGGCUACGGGAGUAAAGAGGUCGUCAGCAACGGUGAAGCUUGCAAUGGCUCUAUGGCGAUGUCAUCAAUAUUAUCAACACCCAUCAUCAGAAUCGGUUCUACGAUAG